AUGGAAAGCCCUGCAUACUCAGAAAAUACCCAAAGCCUGCCCGCCUACGUCGACUCCCCCUUCCUUCCCCCACCAACCGAUACCAAGCCCGCACCCCAGAGUGUCUGGAUACAAGACUCUGAUGUCAGCGGGUUCACCUACCGCCGCCGUUACGUCCUCUCCGCCGACGCUGUCGCUGUUCCACCGCCUCAACCAGUCUUCGAUGCCGUCUCGCCUCCCACCUAUACUGCGGCGCCGGCGCCCAUCUAUACCUUAAAAAGCCACGGCCAGCCCUCACCCAUCGAGGCCCUUCUUGGUAGCCAGCCCGACUUUACUAUCUAUAUCGGCGAAGGUGACUCUGGCCCUGUAGUCGCAACCGGCAUUCUUCACACCUCCCCUCUUAAGAAAUCGCUCGGUGAGCUACGAUUUUUCCCACGAGUUAGUACUAGCCAACCCGGUGAAUCCUCCUCAUCGGCAUCUAAGGAGAUCCCCAGUGUCACCCUGAAGGAAAAGAAUGACGGGAAGAAGUACACAUUCACUUCUUUUGGCUAUGACUUUGAGUGGAAUGAGACCGGUCUCGGAGAGCGCCCCCCCACCCCACCUCCGGAAGAAGAGGAAGAAGACAAGUCAAAGUCCACGGGCUUCUUCUCGAAGAUGAAGCGCAAGUCCGUGAAGCCAGCACAUCCCAAGUACCUCUCACUGCGUGAUACAAAGACGUGGGAGUUGACGGCAUACGAUGCUAAAACGGCUACCACCACCAAGAUUGCGACGUACAGGGAGCUCCAGCCGAGUGAUAACGCGGUGUAUACGUAUAGCACAACUGCACCGAAAUAUAAAGAUGGACAUACGGCAAAAUUGGACGUGCAUGAGCCAACAUUUGAGGUGCUGGGCGCGGGCGGAAAGGGCGCAAGAGAGUUAGCUGUGGCUUCAAUAAUGCUGUUGGUAGAGGCACAAAGGAAAAAGAUAGUAAACGCACGGAAUAGGAACUGGCUUGAUGGGCUUGGGUACAACGCCGUUGGCGGUUGUGGAGGAGUGUAA